GUGAACAUUUCCUACCAGAUUGUCUUCAAGUUGGAGAUUAUGUUAUCUCGAGUUAUAAAUAUGUAACAACUAUUAGUAAUAAUAAUUGUGUAUUGAGAAUAUUUUGAUCUGCACAGUGCGACAUGUUUUUUGCCGUAUUUUCGCUCUUUAUUAUCCAAGCAUUUGCUGCCCCUAGCCACCAUUUGGGUAUCAUAGAUGGUGAGAAUGCCACACUGGGCGAGUUUCCCUAUAUAGUCGCCGUGGAAGAUUGCGAUGGUUUAUGUUUUGUAAAAUGCGGUGGCGUUUUGUUAACCGAAAGUUGGAUUCUCACUGCUGGCCAUUGUAACAAAAAGGAAAUGUUCGACGAUCUUCAGGCUCACGUUGGAAUUACAAAUGUCGAUGAUACAGACCAUCAAUUCAGGCAUGUAGUAAAAAUUAUUGUUCAUCCAAAAUUCGACGAACAUGCUUCAAUCAGUUCGCACGACAUAGCAGUCAUGAAGCUUAAGACACCACUUAUAUUAGAUGAUAGAGUAAAAGUUGCCGUUCUACCAAAACCAAACACAGACGAAUCAUCUGGAAAUGCCACAGUAACAGGUUGGGGAGCAAUACAAACUGACCCCUACAAAAUAUAUCCUAAUGACCUACAAAAAGCCGUAGUUCCAAUUGUUGAAUAUAAUGAUUGUAUGGCCAAACUUAAGGCCGAAGUUGGUGAGGAUUUGCCCGAAUACAACAACACUGCCGUUUGUACUGGUCCGUAUACCGGUGGGAUCGGACCUUGUUAUGGAGACUCUGGUAGUCCUUUGAUUCAAGAUGACGUUGUUGUAGGAUUGGUCUCUUGGGGAUCCAAUCCUUGUGCUUUUCCAGGCGCUUUAGCCGUUUAUACGAAAGUUAGCUCAUUCAUUGACUGGAUCCAGAAAAAUAUUGACGAGGAAUUAACCUUUGAAAGUUAAAAAUGUAUAAAGAAAGAAUAUAUUGAAUAUUUAACAAUAGGUCAUAAUUACAAAAUUUUUUAAAACAA